UCUGUUACUCUCUGGGUAGAUUGCUGUCUCUCGGUCAUCGAGACUGACCUGAUUUGAACUGCCAUUCCCCCCAACCCGGUGAUAACGUAGACUUUACACUACAUCAUCAGUUGCUUGUGGAACUGCAAUGGCACUGCUUCCACAAGUGGAGGCAGAACACUUUGACGGGCUAUCACUCCUCUACUGGACAAUAAUGGGGCCCCAUGGCAUCAACCGUGCUGUGGAGAGACUAGAGUUUACAGACUGUAAAAAAGGGCUUGGUGUGAAGAUUAUUGGGGGCUACAGGGAACAGAGCAGUGAAGAGUUCGGAAUUUUCAUUAAACGAAUUUUGCCAGGUGGUGUGGCAGCACAGGACGGGCGUCUUAGAGCAGGGGACCUCAUUUUAGAUGUCAACAACAUGAAUUUAGGAGGUGUUACAAACGAAAAGGCAGUGGAAGUUCUUCGCAUGGCGUCAGCUACAAAUCACAUGUCUUUACUGAUAGUACGCGACGAUGCUUCCAGGAGGGAAUUUGUUGAGUUAAUGGAAAAAUAUGGCUCCAGCAGUAGUACCAGCUCUGGAUCAGACACUUCUGUUUCCACAGGAAAGUUGACCGACACUGCCUCCUCCUCCUCAUCUUCCAGAUCAACCAGUCCUCUGCUUCUGAGCCCUAAAGACCCCAACCCAGUAUACACCACUGCCUGCAUUACCUCCCCAUCUCCACAAGUCUGCACAGACUGCAUGAUUCAGUUGAUAUGUGUUGCCAAAGGGACAGGAUUAGGCUUGGUCAUCAGGGGCGGAGCUAACCGUGCAGAGGGGCCAAUGGUGUGUGUUCAGGAAAUAACACAAGGAGGCGAUUGCCAAAAGGAUGGGAGACUAAAGGCUGGGGAUCAGCUCAUAUCCAUCAAUAAGGAAUCACUCAUUGGAGUGACACAUGAAGAAGCCAAAAGCACACUCACUCAAACAAAACUCAGACCAGACCCUACAGUAGAGAUAGCAUUCAUCAGACGAAGGUCUUCAUCAGGCUCCAGCAGUGGACCACACAGCCCAAUCUCCCUUCAGCCUCCCUGCAGUACAGCCCCCCAAUUUAGGCCCGCUGGUCUGGGGGGAACAACUCUGCCCGGAGGUCUCGUUCCUAAGAUAGCCAACACCCCCAACUCUGGAAGCGAGACUUUGCCUUCUGUAGAACUUACUAAGGUACGACCAGCAACAGGAAAGCCUAAUCCCAGCCCUGUGUCCUCACCUUACAGUGCCUGCACCACAGUGGCCAACUCUGAUGCAACUGCUGCCUGUAAUCCCAGCAAUUCCUGCAGACCUUCAAAACGUCUAUCCUCCACUCCCAGCUUUGAGAAAAUAGAGCAGGCACUGGACAUGCUGGGAUUGAAGCCUACUGAGUCUCAGGUCCUGACACUGAGAGAAAGGCUGCAUCUGAGCCCAGAAGGGACAGUGGCUUAUGGAGAUUUCGAGAGAGUUGCAAAGGAACUAUUUAAACUACCAUCCAAAUCUGACUCAGAACUGGAAGUAGCAAGAUUGAUAUCAGAUGAUCUUACUGAGCCUCCAUCAAACCCUACGCCAUCGUUAUCAGACUCUGAUGAUCUGGAUGAGAUGGAGAUACUAAGAAAAGAGCACAUUGAGGUCUUAAGAGAGCUCAAGAAACUGCAGGAUAAGCUGACAGAAUCCAAGAGCCUUAAUCAUAAGAUGCAGCAGGAACUGACAAAAGUUAAACAGGAAGCAAAAUCUGCAAUGGAGGAGAGUCGAUCCCUGUGGACCCAGAUCCAUCUGGCAGAGGCAGUACAGAAACAGGCCCGGGGAAUGGAGAUAGACUACGAGGAGGUUAUUCAUCUCCUGGAGGCUGAGAUAGCUGAAAUGAAAUCUCAGAAAACUGAGCAACCCAGUCAUGAAAAGGAGCAUCUGCAAGAUGUGAAAAAAAGGAAUUCUGUACUCGAAUGCCAGCUACGAAAGAGUGAAACUGCAAGGAAAGGUUUUGAAGUCUCUACCGGUAAACUUCUACAGUUUGUGGAGGCUGUCCAAGACUUCCUGUCUGAAAACCAAAGCGGUUCAAGAGGCUAUAGUUCUUCCAGCAAUCCAAAGUUAGCCACUCUGUCUCAGACCUUGCCAUCUCGAGGUGGGAAGAAACCACCUUGGACAGCAUCUGCUCUUGCUGUGGAAGCUACUGAACUAACUAAUACUGUCAGAGGCAUUCUAGAGCUCGACUGUGUACCUUUUGGCUGGGGUGAGGCGUACACUGCGGGUGGAGUGAAGUACUACGUAAAUCAUGUAACUCAGACAACAUCAUGGACGCACCCUGUAAUGAGAUCUUUGGGUCUGUCAGAACCAGGAACAAAUGACGAAAGCCUAAACUCUCCAGAAUCCACAGCCUAGACUGAUUCCAAAGACUGUGCACUCUACUCCCACUUUCUGUCCAACUGUUCAUUUAAAAAAAAGAAAAAGAAAAACAACCUAAACACAGCAUAUUAAACAUUAAGUGAUAUAUGCAAUAUAAAAAAGUCAAUCAAACAAUCAAAAAAAAAAAAAACAUCUACACCUUUAUUAAAUGAAAAUCGAACUGAUUUAAUGAAAUACGCAACAGAUUUAUCCCAAAUAUUCCUAAGCUCUUUGAUGGGUUGAGAACUCACAGUUGAGUUUUCCCUGUUUUUGUGUCCAUCUGCUGUUUUUCUGACGUUUUAGGAAUUUCCCCUCAUGUUAUACACUCAUUUCUGUCUAUUUUGUACCUUGAGAAAAACAAUGGACAGGCGAUUUUCAGAAAAAGUCAAACAUAAUUGCACUUGUUUGAAGUCAAAGGACGUGGCCUCUUUGGUGAAGCAGGAAUUUAGAUGUUGUGAUGUUCAUUCAAUUUGGCUUGUGUUUGCUGCCACUUUGAUCCACUUUCUGAAACUUCUGUUCACAGAUUUGUUGGAACAGGAAUUUAUUUACUUUCCCAAACUUCCUCGAACCAGCUCUGAGAGCAAGACGCUUCUUUGGUUCACUAUAAUGUAACUGUUCUCCAUAUAAAGACGCAUUUUUAAUUCUGCUGUAAUCGUUACUUUUAAUGACAUUCAUUAUGCAUAACUGUGAAAGUGUCUUCUCUUGCAUGUGCAGUUAGUUCUGCGCUUCCAUUAGAAAUGUGAGUUUAACAUACCCUAAGCCUUAUAUGGAUAAUUUCUUGUAAAAUGAUACGACAUGGCACAUUUGCUUUGUUGUGAAAUCACUUUGCCUAACAGUGUAAAGUUAGCUUCAGCGAUCUCUUUACAUAGAUCAUGAAGAUAUAUGUUUAUCCUGUAAUGUGUGAAUACUUCUGUGGUUCUAUUAAAAAAUAAAUAAACAGAUAAAAAUCUAUCCACA